GUUCCGGGCAAUGCGCUCUAUGAAAUAAAAAAAAAAUAUAAGGGAAGUACAGCACUACUAUCUGCAUGUAAGCCCCAACCGAGAAAAGGUGGUGGGAAUCAUGAUACUUGCGCUUUCCUCUCCGGUGUGUGGUCAUAUGCAGACAUGUGCUCGUAUAGAUAAAAAAAAAAUACUUCCAACGACUAGGAGAGCAGGCAAAAGCAAAUAUAGAUAACAGAGCGACCGACCCGCGACUGUUUGACGUCGUCGUCGUCGUCGUCGCUGGAAGUUUUGAUAACGUCGCCCGAAGAGCACCACUUAGUACUAAUCACCGUUCCGUGCCGUCAACAACCAAAUCCCGUAGUGUCCUUUGCGUUCCGCGUUCCGUAUUCGUCGGUUUUGCUUUUCCCGUGAGAUCGUCGGCCCUCGGUUGUUUGAUCUGAUUUCGUAACAUCUGCCUUCCGAAAUUAAUCCGCCUGGGUGUAAAUUUUUCGGGAAGUUUUAAGGAAAUCGAAUCGCAGCCACAUCGCACACCACCAAUAAAAAAGAAAAAAGAAGAAGAAGAGCAAAGAGCGAUAAGAGUGAACGAGUGAGAAGCCUCCUUAUCGAUAGCAAAACGAGUCGGAAAGGAGCGAUGCGCAUAUACGAAGUUUAUCUAAGAUAAGAUUAUUUUCUUUCUUUCCCCAUUCCAGAAAAAAAAAAAAAGUUUCUCCGUUCCUUGCAACAAGUGUUAGUUGAAGAAGAUUUCCUAGGGUUUAACGGAAAGUAAAGAAGAAGUGUGAGAAGCUAAGUUAAUCGAAAAAGAAGGGAAAAUCCCUUUCAUUCCGUUGAUAGUAAGAAGCUACGAAAAGAGCAAAUCAGGAGGAAAAAGGUGGUGUUCAUUUUUCUACCCAUUUCGUGCAUUCAGAGUGCGUUCUUUUGCGUGUGUCAGUGCGUGUCCAAGUCCGUUAUUUUCCUCUGUGUCCUGUAUAUUUUCUGUGUGAGUGUCCAACCCUUCGUCUGCGACAAAAAAAAAGAGUAAAGUGUUCCUUUCAAUAAUCACCAACAACAAUGCUUAAUUCGUUGGAAGCGUUGGCCGGCAAGAUUUCGCCAGGUUCGGGCAAGAGUUCGCCCUCGUCCGGGAUCGAUAGCAACGGCAACAAGGUGCUGCUCGGUGGAUACGCCCACCAUCAUCACCAUCUGCUGAGUGCGGCCAAGCAUCCCUAUCAGAAGCCGGGCCUGAGCAACAACAACAACAACAGCAACGUGGUGAACAAUGCAAUCAUCAACGGAGGAGGGGCGCUGGUGGCGUCGGUCGUGGCUUCACCGGUGAUCGCCAGCAUCGGUAGCAGUAACGGAACCGGACCCGGUGGCGAUCUGCACCACCCCCACCAUCGGGUGCCGGACGUUGCGGCGGAUGUGGCGACCAUGCAGAUCGAGAUGAACGCCAAAGAAAACGCCCUCAUGAAUAUGAACAAUAACAACAACAACAGCACCGCCAACAACAACAACCUCAAUCCCGCCGGAAACAAUAACUGCAACAGCAACGGCAGCACCAACAAUAACAAUCAUACCACGCUGAACAACAACAACCCCAAUGUGAUAAACCAGAACAACCCGAACAUCAUCAGUAGCCAUAGCAGUAGUAGUAGUAGCGUUAACGUCCUCGGCAGUACGGGUAGCCCUGGCGGCGGGCUUCAGCUGAUACCGUCGCCCCUAAAGUCCUCGCCCGGCUACGGUGUCGUCAUUGGCGGCUGCGAGGAGGACGAUGAAACCGUCCGGGACCAACCCGAUCCGGACUAUAUCAAGAUGUUCGUCGGGCAGGUGCCACGCUCGAUGGACGAACAGCAACUGAAGGAUAUGUUCGAGGAGUUUGGCCGGGUGCAUCAGAUCAACGUGCUGCGCGACAAGACGUCCGGUCUGAGUAAAGGGUGCUGUUUUGUGACGUUUUAUACGCGAAAAGCGGCUCUCAAGGCCCAGGAUGCACUGCACAACAUCAAGACGCUUGUGGGGAUGCACCACCCAAUCCAGAUGAAACCUGCCGAUAGUGAAAAUAGAAACGAACGGAAGCUGUUUGUUGGUAUGCUGAGUAAAAAGUACAAUGAGAAUGAUGUGAGGCAUCUGUUCUCCGGCCAUGGAGCAAUCGAGGAGUGUACGGUGCUACGGGAUCCGUCCGGACAGAGCAAAGGCUGUGCAUUCGUCACGUUCGCAACCAAACAGGCUGCGAUCGGGGCGAUCAAGUCUCUACACCAGAGCAAAACCAUGGAAGGCUGUUCGGCACCGCUGGUGGUGAAAUUUGCCGAUACGCAAAAGGACAAGGACGCCAAACGGAUGCAGCAGAUGCAGUCGAACCUGUGGAACAUUGCCGGCAUCAACCAGCCGAUCACGCAGUCGGUAACGCCGAUGACCGCACCGGCCACCGGGCACCAUCCGAACCCACCGCAGCAGCAGACGCCGUUCCUAGCGGCCGAUGCUAUCUCACCGGCCUCCCUGACGUUACUGCAGCAGCUGCAGGCGGUGGCUCAGCAGCAGCAGUUUUUGCAAGGUCUCGGAGCUCAGACUGACUCGACGACGGCAGCAGCCGCGGCCGGACUGUUGAGCCCACUGUCGAUGCAGAACCUGGUAACGCUGGCGGCCAUGACGCAACCAUCGCUUCAGGCUGCCGCCGCCCAGACACCCACCGCCAUGUCCAACGCAGCGACCUCACUGUGUCUCUUAGGGAAGACAGCAGCGACAUCUGCCUCAGGGACCACUGGAUCGGAUGCCACCCUGACGCCGUACGCCGCUCUGCCUCAGUUUGGCUCGGCGGCCACAGCAGCAUUCACCACGACGCCUUUACCUAAUCCUACGAUGGCGCAGGCAGUGGCCGCGGCCGCUGGCAAGCAAAUUGAAGGCCCCGAGGGUUGCAACCUGUUCAUCUACCACCUGCCGCAGGAGUUCACCGACACCGACCUGGCGUCGACGUUCCUCCCGUUCGGCAACGUAGUGUCCGCCAAGGUGUUCAUCGACAAGCAGACCAACCUGUCCAAGUGCUUCGGCUUCGUGUCGUUCGACAAUGCGGCAUCGGCGCAGGCCGCCAUCCAGGCGAUGCACGGUUUCCAGAUCGGCACCAAGCGGCUGAAAGUGCAACUGAAGCGCUCGAAGGACGCUUCAAAGCCGUAUUAGUAAAGGUACACACACACAUAUACAAAAUGAAGGUAGGAGUGAGGCAGGAAUUCACACACCCAGCAGGCAGCCGCAUACUCGGGACAACAACACUAGCGAGGGAAAUGUCGAGGGGGAGCAGCUUCUACGUUCGUCGUUCUGUUCGUUCUGUCGUCUUGUUUGUUUUACCCGUACAAGAAGAGAAAGAGACAAAAGUUGAGUGUAAUUGUUUCACGAUAGACUUAUUUUACAUCAGACAACACACAUUGCAAACAGCAGCAGAGAAAAGAGGAAACAAUCGCUCGGUCGUCAAGUACUGAGGGCCCAGAUGAUACAAGACAGACUACUAAAGUGGACAAGGUUGUGUAAGAGGAGUUUUGAUGUCCUGUUUUCAGAUAUGUUGGUGGUCGUUUUCCUGUUUUAUCUUUAUCCUUUUUUGAUUAUAAUUUUUUUUUUUUUUUUCGUUACUUGUUUAAAAAUAAUGGAGAUAACCAAAAAAAAAAUUCCAACGAUAAUGGUAGAACCAACACACAAAAACACAACUUGCAAACUAGCACAAAAAGCAGGCCAGAGGAAAAUAGGAAACGUUAGCUGGAUAUUUGUUAAAUUAGUUUUUUUUUUUUUCAUUCACGUUCGCAUAUUUUUACUUCAAUUAUUAAUUAUUCUUACGAUUAUUACUCUCACCACCGUAGUCGAGAAGCAAGGUAGUAGAUUUAGAGCCUGACGGCUGGGAAGGACGGCGGGGAUCCACUCCGGGAAGUGUUAUUAUCGAUGUUGUAGCAAAGAGAGUUAGUGGUAUUUUUUUUUUCGAUUAAAAUGUGACGAAUUUGGGAAACGAAAAAGGAAGAGAUCCGGCGGCCGUGAAGCCUUCCCAGAAAGAAACCAAAGGCUAGUAGUCAGCUUUCGUUUUUUUUUGUUUGUUGAUUUGAUGCUUUAUUUUUACCACCCCAAGUGAACUGGAAUUCGUUUUUACUACUCCCCUACACAUGUGAUUUGCUAUCAACCUGAAUUGAAGUGAACUAUGUUAAUUUCAACUGAGACGUAAAAUCUAUCCCAAGUGAACUAAUUAAAUUUGAGUUUAUGGUAUUUUUUGUUUUGAGUUUUAGAUUUUAGCUAAAGUUUUUUUUUAGAGACAGUUUCAGCCCUGUUCCGGCUCGUCUCGCAAUUUUGCUUUAUUUUUAUCCUUUACCAGUUUAACGUGUAGGAGAGUAAUGAUUAAUAAUUUAUUUUUACGCCAAUUACACUGAUUACAGAGAACCAAUCAAUCAAUUAAUUAGUAGUUACACGUAUAUGUAUUAGUUAGGUAAAUGGGGAAAAAUGCAAAUGAUAGAAAAAAGGAAAAGUCAAUGGGAAAAUGUUAUACGUUAGCGUAUAAUUAACACACACACACAAAACACGCAACAAAAAAAAAAGCAACUUAACACACAUAGUUGAACACCGCGAGAGCGAAGGAAGUUUGUUAACUAGAAGGUUAUGUAUACAUGUAACUAUUUAUGUAUAAUCAGAUUAAAUGUCACUCAUUCAUUAUUCAUUUUCCACAUCAGCGCGCCAUUAUUAAUUCUAUUAAAAUCUGAAAUUACUAUCAAUUUAGUUUGGCGCGAUGGAUGGGAGGAAUGUGGGUUCGGUGCAUCCCACCACCCACCAGCACCCGUCCGUUCGUCGCUAUGCAACUUGAGCACCUUUUGAAUGCAAAUCGUAUUGGUACACCUACCCCGCCGUGUGUAUUGAAUGGCUUUCCAGGAAUCGAUUGAUUAUAUGAGCAUGCUGUGGUGGCUAGACUUGGAAGCCGGCGGGUAUUGAAAACUUUUCGAUGCUGGCCUUAGCUGACCGUAAACUUUGUAGUUGCUAUUCCGUGAUUGACAGGGACUAGCCAAAUUGCCCAUACAACCAGCUGAAUGGGGCUUGAGAUCAACAUUCUCAACCAGGGUUGCUUCCUCACUCACUUGAUAUAAAAAAAAAUCGAAAUUUUAAAAUCAUUAGACGUUAUUAUGAUAUGUUGUACUUGUAGGUUAAAAGAAGAGGUUGUAAAGUAUGUGUCUGACACAUGAAAUCUGAUAAUGCCGCUUUCAGAGUGUCGCAAUCAGCGAUUUUGUGAUUCGUGAGCGUUUACUCAGAGUGAGCACUCGCGGGUCGUAAAAUCGUUGAUUGUGACUAUCUGAAAGCGAA